GAGUGCCUCUCCUGAGCAUUCAUACUCCUACAAACAGGAAAAGAAAGCAGAAUUGAGCAAAAAUGUCUGUUGAAAAGAAGGAUAACUGGUCUUCUGAGGCCUACCAACAUUCGGCAUCGUUUGUGCCGAAGCUGGCCACCAAGAUAAUGCAAUGGUUGGAUCCCCAGAAAGACGACGUUAUCUUGGACAUCGGCUGUGGUGAUGGCGUGCUUGACAUCGACAUCGCAAAGACUCUGUCUCAAGGCAAGGGGUCGCUGCACGGAAUAGACAGCUCGCCUGCCAUGAUACAGGCUGCGGACCAAGCCGCCGCGAAGGACGGACUGAAGAACUGCACCUUUGAAGUCAUCGACGCAACCGAGCUCGUCAACAAGCCAGAGCUUCAGCAGCAGAAGUUCACCAAGGCCUUCUCCAACGCGGCGAUGCACUGGAUCCUGAGGCCCGAGGCCCGGCGCGAGGUCUUCUUCCGGGGCGUCGGAGCGUCCCUAGCGCCCGGCGGCCGUUUCGCGUUCGAGAUGGGCGGCCUGGGCAACGUGUCCGAGAUCCGGGCGGCGCUGCAUAUGGCCAUCGGUAGGCGGGUCGGCCUCGACAGGGCGCGCGAGGUCGACCCGUGGUUCUUCCCGGACGAGGCCUGGGCGAAGGAAAUGUUGGAGGGGACGGUGGGCGGGUGGGAGGUGGAGAGGGUGGAGAGGGAGUGGAGACCUACCGUCGCCGACGCGGGGGGCGUCGAAGGCUGGGUCAGGUUGAUGGCGAAGCAGUUCUUCGAGGCGCUGCCUGAGGAGGAGAGAGAGGAGUGUAUCAAGGAGAUUGUGGAUGUUCUCGAGGUGAUUUGUGCGAUGCCGGGGGGAGGGUAUAUGUUCAGUUACGUCCGUUUGAGGGUCUUGGCACGGAAGCUGUGAAUGUGAGGUGCCACUUGGUGUCUCACUGCUUCGACUCUCACUGCUUCGAUUACUUUUCCAAUCACGAAGGCAGGAAGGAACAGAGAUUACUCCGUACAGGUCGCAUAAAAAAUCUCGGUGCUUCAUUUGCUUCUAGAAUCUCGGGAAGCCAUUAAUUAGCCAAUCCAGCAGCCAAUCGGAUACC